CAGACUUUUUGCUGCCACCUGGUGGCUGGGACCGCAUAUUGUGAAUGCCGUUUUAUACUCUCGCCUUCUUUACUAUUUCCUUGCAGUGAUAACGCUUAUGUUGGGAGUGGCUUCGGAAAUUUUCGUUAGACCGGAACUGACAUCAUUUCUCGACCCACGGGAAAAACUGUCGUGACACAGCUUCCGCCCGUUAUACGUAGCCAUUAUUAGUGGAGUUGUAAGCCGCUGUAGUUUUCUUGUUACAGUCUGACAAGUACUUCGGUUGUGGUUCAAAACAUUCAGUCACCUUUGAAAGCUAAGAUAAAGUUCCUUAUGUUCCAGUAGAAAGUCUAUGCUGUUGAAUACUUCAAAAGUUUCUGCAAUGCAAAAUAAUUCAAAUAGCCAAGACUUGGCUCCCAUUACUCUGAAAUGGGAUCCCAAAAACUUGGAGAUCAAGACGAAAUCGGUGGAACGUACAUUGGAGCCAUUGGUUAUCCAGGUUACGACUCUAGUAAACACAAAAGGUUCUUCAAAGAAAAAGAAAGGCCGUUCGAAAAGAGCUCAUGUUCUCGUAGCGGCUGUAGAGAAAGCAACAGGCAACUUUAUCGAACGCGGUGAACAGAUUGCUUAUGAAAAUCCAGACAUCCAGCAAGAAAUGUUGGCUGCAGUUGACGAAGUACGAAAAACAGGCGAGACCAUGAGUGUUGCCUCACGCGAGUUCGCCGAAGACCCAUGUUCGUCCCUAAAGCGCGGAAACAUGGUUCGGGCAGCACGUAACCUGUUAUCUGCUGUGACUCGUCUUCUAAUCCUUGCGGAUAUGGUGGAUGUUCAUCGUCUACUUAAAUCCCUUCGAGUAGUUGAAGACGAUCUUGAGCGUUUGCGUGGAGCCUCAAGCCAAGCUGAACUAGAAGAAGGCAUGCGUAUGUUUGGCAGAAAUGCUUCUGAAUUGAUGGCACAAGCUGCUCGUCGUCAACAAGAACUUAAAGAUCCAGCUUUGAGAGAUGAUUUGGCUGCUGCUCGAGCUGUGCUCAAGAAGCAUUCAAUGAUGCUGCUAACGGCUUCAAAGGCUUUUGUUCGUCACCCUGAACUAGCAGCAGCUAAAGCUAACAGGGACUAUGUUUUAAAACAAGUUUGCCAGGCUGUUAGCGCAAUUUCCGACGUGGCACAAGGAAAGAGUACUGUCGGAAACCCGGCCGUUCAAAUGCCCUAUGAUGGGCCUGGAGAACUGGCUGCAGCUCUCGACGAUUUUGAUGAACGAAUAAUUAUGGACCCAUUGGCAUACAGCGAAAUCCGUACGCGCCCAUCACUGGAAGAAAGACUUGAAAGUAUAAUCAGUGGUGCUGCACUAAUGGCGGACUCUUCCUGUACUCGUGACGAUCGUCGUGAGCGUAUCGUGGCCGAAUGCAAUGCAGUUCGCCAAGCACUUCAAGACCUUCUGAGCGAAUACAUGUCUAACAUGGGCAAAAAGGAUCGCAGCGAAGGACUGGAUCGUGCCCUUGAUCAUAUGUGUCGUAAGACUCGUGAUCUACGCCGUCAAUUGCGUAAGGCAGUGGUUGACCAUGUCUCAGAUUCGUUCCUGGAGACCAAUGUGCCACUUUUGGUGUUGAUCGAAGCAGCUAAAUCGGGCAAUGAGAAGGAAGUAGAGGAAUAUUCACAGGUGUUUCUCGAGCAUGCCAACAAAUUGGUUGAGGUAGCUAAUUUAGCUUGUUCGAUGUCGGGCAACGAAGAUGGUGUCAAAAUGGUCCGCUAUGCCGCCUCCCAGAUAGAGGCUCUCUGCCCACAAGUUAUCAAUGCAGCACGAAUUCUGGCAGCUCGUCCGCGCUCUCGCGUUGCACAAGAAAAUAUGGACAUUUUCCGCGAUGCAUGGGAGAACCAAGUUCGCAUUCUGACAGAUGCCGUUGACGAUAUCACAACCAUCGAUGACUUUUUGGCCGUCUCUGAAAAUCAUAUUCUUGAAGACGUCAACAAAUGCGUCCUCGCCCUCCAGGAAGGCGACCCUGAUUCGCUGGACAGAACUGCAGGCGCCAUUCGUGGCAGAGCUUCCCGUGUGGCCAAUGUUGUCACCGCUGAAAUGGAUAAUUACGAACCUGGCAUUUAUACCGAGCGUGUUCUUGAAGCUGUCAAAGUUCUACGCGAUCAAGUAAUGCCUAACUUCGCACAAAAAGUUGAAAUGGCUGUCGACGCCUUGUCGAACAAUCCACCUCGUGAUGUCGAUGAAAACGAAUUCAUUGACGCCUCUCGUUUGGUUUACGAUGGUGUUCGUGAAGUCCGUCGCGCCGUUCUUAUGAACCGCGCCGACGAAGAACUUGAUCCUGAAGAAGUUGAAUUGGAUGAACAGUACACUAUUGAUACCCGCAGCAAAUCGAGUAACCACACGCUCGAUUACAUGGUGGACGAAUAUCCAGAUAUCAGUGGCAUCACCACUGCACGUGAGGCUAUGCGUAAACUGAAGGAAGAAGACAAGGCUAAAAUCGCCCAGCAAGUCGAGUACUUCCGCACAGAAAAGUUGAAGUUUGAUCGAGAAGUAUCGAAAUGGGACGACUCCGGAAACGAUAUUAUCGUCCUAGCCAAACAUAUGUGCAUGAUUAUGAUGGAGAUGACGGAUUUCACUCGCGGUCGUGGACCCCUUAAAACUACAAUGGAUGUAAUUAACGCGGCCAAGAAAAUUUCAGAAGCUGGAACCAAAUUAGAUAAAUUCGCCCGUCUGAUUGCCGACCAAUGCCCUGAAUCAUCGACCAAGCAAGAUUUGCUUGCAUAUUUGCAACGUAUUGCUCUUUACUGCCAUCAGUUGAACAUCACCUCUAAGGUUAAGGCUGAUGUACAAAACAUUAGUGGAGAGCUGAUUGUUUCGGGUCUGGACAGUGCUACUUCCCUCAUCCAGGCAGCUAAAAACCUCAUGAACGCCGUCGUCUUGACGGUGAAAGCCUCUUACGUGGCUUCUACGAAGUAUACCAGCCGCCAGACAACCGUCGUAUCGCCUAUCGUCGUUUGGAAGAUGAAGGCACCCGAAAAGAAGCCACUAGUUCGCCGCGAGAAGCCCGAAGAGGUUAGGGCCAAAGUUCGUCGCGCGUCUCAGAAGAAGCACAUCGCCCCUAUUAAAGUCCUAAGCGAAUUCCAAAGUCCUGCCGAAAGCGUUUAAAAGAAAGAAACCAGCAAGCUUGUGGUCGAAU